CAAAAGUACAAGAGUGCAGUUGGGUGAAAAACUCAUUUCACUCUCUCUUUCAAUCAAUUACCCACUUAACACCAUUCCACUCAUUCAAUUCUGGUACUUCCUACCACUGGCCUGGUUCGCUCGCGAUGAAGAGGUCAUUUCCAUGGGAUAAUCAAAUUGAUUUGUCUUCUUCUUCACUAAACUCCACAGAUGUACUCAUCAGACGGGCAGAAAUGUAUCAGGAUUACAUGAAGCAGAUCCCAAUCCCAAAUCAUCGAGGUUCUGUGAUACCAUUUACCUCGUGGAUGGGAUUGGGAAGAUCCAUGAAGCAGUUAUAUGGACAGCCCCUUCACUACCUCACAAAUAUUCUGCUUAAACAAUGGGAUCAGUUGAGAAUUGGCAGUGAAGACGAAUACAAGCCCUUGGACAUCAUUAUUCACCCACACAAAGCCGAGGCUACCAUCUGGCUCAUCGAAGAAAUCCACCGACAAACCUCAUCGCAUUUUCGUAUUGCUAGUCUCUGGAAGGAGGACUCUAUGUACAAUGGUUUUAUUGAUCCCAUUUUCCCAAGAUUACAGCACACAUCAUGAAGACAUGAAACCAUUUAGUUUAUAGGCUUUGUACUCUAUCCUGGAAAUAGUUUCACAUUUGUUGUACUUUUGGUAAAGCAAAAUUGAAUAGCUUUGCUUCGAACUUU